AUGGAGAUGACCACCAAAACCACAAAUGCAGAGGUGGAGGAAAGUACGAGCCCUCCCAGAGACACCAACCAAGACCAUUUCAUGCCUUAUGGUACAAAGCUGGUACUGAUUACGAUCAGCUUGAUGUUGGCAGUGCUUUGCGUCGCCCUAGAUAACACGAUCAUCGCCGUUGCCAUCCCCCGAAUCACCGAUCAAUUUCAUAACCUCAACGACGUAGGCUGGUAUGCCUCAGCCUACCUGCUGACCACUUGUUCAUUUCAAUUACUCUACGGCAAAAUCUAUACUCUGUUCAACAUCAAAUGGGUUUUUCUUGUGGCCCUGUGCAUAUUUGAGCUUGGCUCAUUGAUUUGCGGUGUCGCACCAAGUUCGACAGUGUUGAUAAUUGGACGAGGCAUUGCUGGGCUGGGUAGUGCUGGGAUCUUUACCGGAGCCCUCAUUACAGUGGGUCAUAUUGUCGAACUCAAGAAAAGACCCAUUUUCUUCUCUAUGAUUGGUGGAAUUUAUGGAAUUGCGUCUGUCGCUGGCCCUUUAAUGGGCGGUGCAUUUACUGAUCAUGCGACAUGGCGUUGGUGCUUCUAUGUCAACCUUCCAAUCGGUGGAGUCACUGUUGUAGGUAUCCUAACCUUACUCAAAUUACCUCCACGAGCCAUGGCCCAAAAGCGUUCCCGGAUACAAACAAUAAAGAGUCUGGACCCUUUAGGAACCGUGGUAUUUGUGCCAUCGAUAGUUUGCCUAUUGCUUGCCCUUGAAUGGGGUGGCGUGCAGUAUCCCUGGUCAAAUGGGCGGAUCAUCGCCCUCUUCGUUAUCUUCGUCAUUGGGAUCGUCAUAUUCAUCGGGCUGCAGAUAGCUCUGGGUGAAAAUGCAACGGUUCCUAUUCGAAUUGCCAAGCAACGUUCGAUUACAUUCGCCUCAAUAUUCAGUUUCUGCAUAGGUGCUUCUUUCUUUAUUAUGAUUUACUAUAUCCCAAUAUGGUUCCAAGCCAUCCGCGGCACCACUGCAGUCGGCGCAGGGAUCGACUCCCUCCCAUUGGUUCUCGCCCAUGUAGUCGCCAUAAUCGUGUCUGGUGCCCUGACAUCCCAUCUUGGCUAUUACACUCCAUUCUUUAUUGCGGGCAGUGUCAUUUGUUCAAUAGGCGCUGGACUUAUCACUACUUUCACCGUUGACAUAUCCCAAGCCAAAUGGGUUGGUUUCAUGUUCCUAUAUGGUAUUGGUGCGGGUUGCGGAUUCCAACAAGGUGGAGUGGCCGCUCAGACUGUUCUAAGCCUCGCAGAUGCAUCCAUCGGCACUGCCGUCGUCAUGUUCCUACAGAUGCUUGGUGGCGCACUUUUCACAACAGCCGCGCAGACUAUCUUCACUACGAAGCUGGUAAAAAAUCUGACUGCACUCAAUAUGUCAGGACUUGAUCCGUCGGCGAUAGUGCAUGCGGGUGCGACUGGCUUACGGGGAAUUGUGACUUCAGAUCAAUUGCCGAGAGUGCUUGAAGCCUACAACAACGCUUUAGUGCAUGUCUUUCAGCUAGCACUGAUCAUCGGCUGUGUGAGCAUUGUGGGUGCAUUGGGAGUUGAAUGGCGCAGUGUCAGGGGAAAGAAGAUAGAGACUGUCGUCGUUUGA